AUGUCUUUGAAGACAAGACAUUCACUUCUGGAGUACAGGUUUGGGGAUCUGUUGGGCAAAGGAACCUAUGGAACAGUAUAUAAGGGAUUCAAAAAGGGAAACCCGGAAGAAGUGGUUGCCAUCAAAUGUGUCCACAAGAGCUCACUCUCGAAGCAAUCGAUUGAUGGCAUCAUUAAUGAGAUAUCGAUCACAAAGAAAGUGAAGAAUGAGUUCAUCGUUGAACUGAAGGACUUCAAGUGGACUGAGAGUCAUAUAUAUCUGAUAUUUGAGUUCUGCAGUGGAGGAGAAUUGGCGCAAUUGAUCCGAAAGAAUAAACGAUUUUCGGAACCAAUUGUUCGCCAUUUUUUGCAACAGAUAGCGACAGCUCUGAAGACAUUGCGGUCGCACUCCAUCGCACACAUGGAUCUCAAGCCACAGAACAUUCUCAUCUCAUCUAAGAUUUGUGGCAAUUGUUGGCGAAAUGUUGUCCUAAAGAUCGCUGACUUUGGAUUCGCUCAAUACCUGCGCUCUGAAGACUCGGCCACAUCUCUGAGAGGUUCGCCUCUAUAUAUGGCUCCAGAGAUUCUGUUGGGAACCAAAUAUGACGCCAGUGUUGACCUCUGGUCCGUCGGUAUUAUACUCUACGAGUGUCUCUUCGGAAGCGCUCCCUUUUGUUCAGAAAGUUUCGAAGAAUUGACUCAAAAAAUCAAAAGUCGGGAACCGAUCAAAAUUCCCAAUGAUAUUGACAUAUCAGACAAUUGUAGAGACAUUUUGAAUCGACUUUUACAAAGAGAUCCUAAAAAUAGGAUUUCAUUCGACGAGUUCUUUGAUCACCCGUUCAUUGAUUUAGAGCACAUGCCGUCCAUCGAGUCUUACGCCAAAGGCGUUCAACUAAUACAAGAAGCCGUCGAUAACGACCAGAAAUGUCGUUAUAACGAGUCCUUCAGUCUAUAUACUCAAGGUCUCCAGUAUUUGGUUCCCGUGUAUAGUUGGGGCGACGGCACCACUGUUUGGGAUCAAAGCAAACAACAGAUUCUUAAAAGCAAAUUAACUCAAUAUAUGGAAAGAGCAGAACAGCUGAAGAUUAGUUGUGGACUCAUUGCUGUAGAUAUCAAAGAUAUGGAGUCCAUUCAAAACGCCUACCAAUUAGUCGAAGGAGCGGAACAGUCGAUCAAAUCAAAGGCAUAA